AUGGCCGAGAACCACUCUCCAGGUCAGUACGGGCUCGAUGAGCCGGUGUACGGUUUCAUGGCAGACAACAUUCCAACCAUCUCCGACACGAACUCGGACCUCUCCAACUCAGCCAUCGACCCCGCCAACCAACCUUAUUACGCUUCGUCGUCCAACUGGGACUUUCAGGCCACGCCGCCCUUUGAAUCCUUCGACAUCGCUGCCUCGACCGCCGCUCCUCCAAUUCAACCCGGCUCCUCCAUGGUCACCCCAUGGCCGCUUCCGACGUACCACUCCGAGGCACCUGCGCAGCCUCCUGCUUCUCAACCAGCCUCGUCGCCUUCCUUCGACGGCCUUCCCAAGCUCGAAGUGAACCAGAGGGCAGCAGCCUACGAGUCGAGCUCGGCCAACACUUCGCAGAACAGUCUGCCCAUGACGGCAAAGCCCCAGGUCCGUGCCGUGACGGCCAUAUCGCACGAGGAACUUCGAAAUAUCGCCAUGCCCCCUCAUCUACAGUACAGCUCGCCCAAGAGCGCGUCAAGCCCCGAAUCUGCCAAGGCUGGAACUGGCUCCUCACCCGAGCUGACCGGCUCCUCGGCUAAGAGAGACUCUCGGAAGCGGAAGAUGUCGGACGAGCUAGACGAUGACGACGAGGUGGAUGACGAAGAUAAGCCCAUCAAGAAGACGGCCCACAACAUGAUCGAGAAGCGGUACCGCACCAACAUCAACGAUAAGAUUGCCGCCUUGCGCGACAGCGUGCCGAGCCUGCGAAUCAUGACCAAGAGCGCCCGAGGCGAGGACACUACCGAGGACCGCGAGGAGCUGCACGGCCUUACGCCUGCCCAUAAGCUCAACAAGGCAACGGUGUUAAGCAAAGCGACCGAGUACAUUCGCCACCUUGAGAAGCGAAACGGUCGCCUGUAUGACGAGAAUCAAGCCAUGAGGGAGAGGAUUGCGGCCUUCGAGAAACUCUUCAUGGCUGGCGCCAUGAACGGCUCCAUCAGCCCGAUGCAACACCCUCUAACACCCAACCAAUUUCCACAGGAAGCCCGCCACCAAUUCCCCAACCCGCCCCUGGGCAGACCACACGACGGGGGCCCGAACCCUGCCGGCAUGAUCAACGUCCCGGAGGACAUGAAGCGCAUUAUAUCGGCUCAGAUGGCCGUCGGCCAGCCGUACCCAGUGCCCCAACAGGAUUACCGCGGAAAUCCGGCCGUGGUCCGUCAGCAGCAGAUACAGCAGCAGCAGCAGCAGCAGCAGCAGCAGCAGAUGGCGCAGAAUGGUUGGGCCAACAACGUCAACCCUUACUUCGGCAAGCUCAUGGUCGGCUCUCUUGCCGGCCUCAUGAUUCUGGAAGCCGUGCGGGAAACCGAAAUGAGCAACGAGAAUCCUCAGGGUCGAGGACUUUUCGCCUUGCCGGCCCAGCUGCUUGGGAAGGUCUCGUCCGCUCUCGAUCUCCAUCUCAUGGGCUACCGCAUCCAUACCUCCCUCAAGAUCCUCGUCUUCCUCGGCGCCGUUCUCUGGGUCGUCGUGCCAUCUCUAUUCGCACCGCCGAGCGAUAACAUCAAGAAGAAGCAAGUCGCCAACUUGGGGCGCGCUCCGUCACCAGCGUCAUCCAUCCACGUGCGUCGUCAGGCAUGGCUCACGGCCAUCCAGACAGUGUGGGUACCUCGGCACAACUUCUUCCUCGAGGCUGCCGCGCUUGUUCUCAAGACGAUGAAGCUGAGCCUGCGCAACUGGAUCGGUGUCCAUGGCUACCAGAUGCUGACGGGUUUGACCGAAGAGCAAGAGACGGCCAGGGUCAAGGCGUGGUCGAUUGCACUCGACUCGCAGCUUGCCGGUGGCGAUGUGGAUGUCUGCCGGAGUCGCCUCAUCCUGACGUUGCUCGCAUCAGGCACGCUUCCAGACACCCCCUCUCGCCUGAUGCUCAAGGCGCUCCAUAUCCGCAUCCUCCUGUGGGACCUGUGCCGCGGCAGCCAGUUCGGUCUUUGCAAUGUCAUGGCCGCCAAGCUUGCCAGGAAGCGAUGGAACAAGGCUCGGCAGCUGAAUCGAUCGCUCGUCCAGCUUCGCAGCGAUUCUUCGACCCCCCACGAGAAUGAGCUGCCGGAGCAUCUUGUGGCCCUCGUCGAGCAGGAUUGCGACGACGUGCUCAACGUUUCCGUCGUCCAGCGCGCCCACAAUCUGGCCUUCAAUGGGGCCACCGCCCAAGAUGUGGAGCGCAUCGAUAGCAUGGAUGCCGUGGUGGAGGACACGUCCAUCGGUUCGCCUCUGGAUGCCGUCGCGGCCUGGUAUUCAUGCGAAGCGUUGCAUCAUGUCUUGACGGCCACUCUUGAAGGUGAAUUCGAGGAGGCAAAGGACAGAGCAGCCGAGGUUGAAGUCGCCGUCAGGGUCGCGCCCAUCGGCUCCUCCGCUCAUAUGCGCGCCGUGCUGGCUAAAGCCGUUCUGGUGGACGAGGGUCGGCUCGAAAGCAUUCGCGUCGCUCGCCACGCCAUACAAACAGACCGCAUCGGUACCGUCCUGAGCAACUCGGAAGUCAUCACUGGGCCGUAUUCUCAUUCCUCCUCCUACUGGGAUCUCCACCUCUCUCUGAACUGCGCCAAAGCGAUUGCCUGCCUCAGCAGGAACACGGAUCCGGGUGUGGCGGAUGCCAGAGCUCUCCAAUUCAUCAGGGCCUUCCCGAAGCCGGAGUACAUGUCCAACAUGACGCUCCUGGGAUUUACCGCUAGCAUGGAGUUGAUUAGGGAGAUAAUGGGCUGCGAGGAUGUGAAGGAGCAGUACGAAAUGGCGUUGAGCAAAUUGCUCAACAACCUCAGGCUGUGGAUGGGCAGACCCAGCACGAGCCGAUGUGGAGUCAGCUCGGAACUUCGGAACAAGAUGAUUGAGGAGUGCUUGACAUCGGCCAAGGCCCUGGCCGGCCCCGAACACGACGAUACUGGAUAUGGCAGCUUGAGCGAGGCUGAGAUGAAUGCUUGA